AUGGACGAGAGCGAAGCAAUGGCCCUCCUGAGGUCGCACAUGGAGGGAAUCCGGGCCCCUGGCGCGUAUGAUCGCGUCUACAAGGACGAGUGUAUGUACAGCUUCGCGACCCCGGAGUCCCCCGGCGGCCUCUUCAUCAACCUCUCGACGUGGGAGGGCGUCAGUCGGGAUUUCCUGGCGCUCGAUCUCCAGAAAUCACAAUUCCCUCUGUACGUACACGAAGUGCACACGCGCGUGCCUCUCUCGGAGGAGGAACAGGCGAAGCUCGACGCGAAGCCCGAGGAGCUCGCCAUCGGCACGGAUUCCGGGUUCAAGGUGGGCGCGAAGCGCUUCAAGAUCGAGAAGGCGAUCACCCUCGCGGUCGUCACGGGCGGCGGGGAGCGCGCCAAGGCGGUCGACGUGUCUAUGGAGGACGCGGCGACUCAGCUGUCGCCGGCGGCGGCGCAGGCGAUCAAGGCGGUGGUCGAGAAGGAGAGCGCGGCGCGCGAGGACGAGGUCGUGGCGUGGUCGGAGGGCCGCUCGGCCACGAAGUACGCUGACAACCUCGAGCAGCUGAGUCAGGGGCACGGCGGGCGCACGCAAGUGUCGAUGGACCCGUCCACGUGGAAGUGCGACGAGACAGGGGAGACGGGGAACCUGUGGCUGAACUUGUCCACGGGCUUCAUCGGCUCGGGGCGGCCCAUCUGGGACGGUCAGAAGAACAUUGGUGGGAACGGCAGCGCGCUGCGGCACUACGAGGCGACAGGCAAGAAAUACCCGCUUGCGGUCAAGCUCGGCACGAUUACCCCGAGUGGUGCGGACGUGUACUCGUACGCGGGCGACGAGGACGACAUGGUGGUCGAUCCGAAGCUCCGGGAGCACCUCGCGCACUGGGGCAUCGACAUGGACCGCAUGGAGAAGUCGGAGAAGACUAUGGCGGAGUGGCAGGUCGAUCACAACCUUUCAUUCGAGUUUGGCGCCAUGACCGAGGCCGGCUCCAAGCUCACGCCGCUGACCGGCCCAGGCCUCAUCGGGCUGAAGAACCUCGGCAACUCGUGCUACGUCAACUCCAUCGUCCAGCUCCUCAUGACCGUCCCCGUAUUCGCCGAACGGUACCAGCAAGGGGCCGACUCUAUUGCAAGGACUGUGGCGCCGGGGGAGGCGGCGGGCUCGCUGGUCCUGCAGGUCGCCAAGCUCGCGCGCGCGCUCGUCGGCGGCGUCACGGACCCCCCCGCGCCCGUUUCCAGCCGCCCCGAGCUGUCCCCGGACGACGACGGCAAGUAUGUCGCCCCGCGCCGCUUCCGCGCUCUCGUCGGCAAAGGGCACGCGGAGUUCUCGAGCCAGCGCCAGCAGGACGCAGCGGAGUACCUGCAGCACCUGCUUGACCUCCUGACGCGAGCGGAGUCGCAGCUGGACGCGGAGUCGCGCCCGAGUGAGGACCAGUUCAGCGCGUCCGUCGAGGUUCGGACGGUGUGCAGCGAGACGGGCGCGGUGAGCUACAAGGUGAAUCCAGAGAACAUUCUCUCGCUGGGCAUUCCGAUGGAGGCGGCGACGAACGCCGCGGACGUCGAGGCGGCGAAGGCUGCGGCAGCCGCCGCCGAAGCUGCAGGGGACAAGGACGCCGCCGCGGCGAAGAAGGUGCUGCCGGCGGUGCCGUUCCGGGCGUGCCUCGAGCGCUGGGCGGCGCAGGCGGAGGUGACGUACAAGAGCGCGGCGGCGGGCGGGCGGAACGUGCCGGGGGCGCAGACGUCGCGCCUCAAGACCUUCCCGCCGUACCUGUUCGUGAUGCUGCAGCGGUACUACGCGGACCCGGCGGACUGGACGGCGAAGAAGCUCGAGGUGGAGGUGGAGGUGCCGGACCAGGUCGACCUGGAGUUCCUCCGCGGGCACGGCCCACAGGAGGGCGAGACGCUCCAGCCCGAGGACGCCGACGGCGGCGCUGACUCGGGUCCCCAGCCUGACUCAGGGAUCGUGGCGCAAAUCGUCGGCAUGGGUUUCAGCGAGAACGGAGCCAAGCGCGCGGCGCUCGCAGUCAACAACAGCUCCGCGGAGCAGGCCGCGGAGUGGGUGUUCGCCCACAUGGAGGACCCGGACUUCAACGACCCCCCCCCUGCGCCAGGGGGGAGUGCCGGAACGCCCGCCGCGGACCCGGAGGCCGUCGCGAUGCUCGGGUCGAUGGGCUUCACGCCCGAGCAGGCCGCGGCGGCGCUGCAGGCCACGAGCGGUAAUUUGGAGCAGGCCGCGGACUGGCUGUUCUCGCACUCGGAGGACCUGGCAGCGGUGGUGGCGGCGGUGCAGGCCGGGGCGGCGGGCGGCGGAGCGGGCGGGGCGCGCCGGAGACAGCCGCCGUACGACGGGACGCCGGGGACGUACGAGCUGGUCGGGUUCGUGUCGCACAUGGGCAGCAACGUGCACUCGGGGCACUACGUGGCCCAUAUCAAAAAGAACGGGCAGUGGGUGAUCUUCAACGACGAGAAGGUGGCGGCGAGCGAGAAGCCGCCGCGUGGCCUCGGGUACAUCUACCUCCUGCGCCGCACCUCCCCGAACAAGCAGACCUCGUAG